AUGAAGCCGAUCUACAAGCGGCCACUGAAGGGAUCGUACUUUAUCAAAUGGUCGUUAAUCCGAAGUGUUGCAGCCGUCGACCCACCUGUCUUCUUUCGUCCCAGGUAUUCUUCUCCCGCUUCUUUCGGCGCGUCGCUUUCAUCCGCACCGACAGCCCAAUGACCCUUUGAAAUUUGACAUCACCAUCCUUAUCCUUAUUCGGUUUUUUCGAAGCAUCCAAGAUCGUCGUCGCUUUUUCUUCACACUUCUUUUUUUUUUCUCUAAAGUCGGAUUCCAUGGCUGGGAUUCCUUUUUUUUCUCGACAACUAAACUUGACUUUGAAUUUUCGAACCUUCAUUCUCUUAUAUCUAAUUCCAAAAAACUUGAAACAGUCUGAAUUUUUUGCGCUUCAUGUUCUCAAACGCUGUUUUCAUUUUUUUUUUUCCUUUCUUCCGUUAGAGAAAAGAGAGCACAGGAACGUCAGAUUGUUUCAAAUUUUCGCGAACUGAGUUCCAUUUUCCAACUUUUAUCCCAGAACAACUUUGGGAUUCUUUUUUUAAUUCAUUUAAAGACACCAAAAACCUCUUGAAUAUUAAUUGUUUGAAACAAAAAGUCUAUUGAUAUUUUUUUAUAGCUUCAUAUCCUCCGUCAACUUUUUUAAGUAACUGAUUUUUAUUUGAACCUCCUUACUUUCAUUUUUCUUUCCAUCAACCCUGCUGAUUUGCCAUCACGGAUGCAAAUUUGUCUGAAAUUCGAAACAUUGGAUCUUUUCGGUUGAGAAAAAAGCGAAAGAAACCGGCGUCCUGGUGUUUUGCCCCAAAUUACCCAUCGGACUGUCCCGCAUUGUUCUUUUUUCUUUCUCUUCCACCUUCUCUUUCAUUUUCUGCGAUUCUUAUCCCAGCUCGAAUUUAUCCCUUAAGGAAACAGUUUCACUUUUUCGACCUUUUUUUUCGUUUUGGUAUUUUUUUCAUCAAAAAAAUUAACAAAUUUGAUUUUCAGGGGCUCCUGAGAGAUUCGGCACAUGAAAAUCUUCGCCCUCAACUUAUUUCUCUUAUUUUUUUUAUUGGACAGGUGUCUGGCGCAGAAAAAUGGCAAGUUUUAGUUUUUUUUUUCUUUCAAAAUAUCUAAACUUCAUCUAUGAUUUCAAAACUUUGGCAUUUUUUGCUCUCUUACUCUCUCUUCAUAUUUCUACAAGUGAUGUGGUGAGGGAAAAGAGAGCGCAGACAAGCAGAAAUGUUUGAUGAAAUAAGUACAGCUAUUACCUAAUAAAAGGGAAAUAUCAAAAUUCACUCCUAUUCUAGAAAAUCGUACUUUUUUUCAAACGUGUCAUUGUCCCAUUUUCUCAAUAACUUAAUUUUUCAAUCAAAGUAAAACUAUUGAUAAGCCUCCAGAGAAAUUAUCAACUUUUGGCUAGAUGCCAAAUAUGAAGAAUGAUUUUUAAAUGAAUGGUUGGCGAUUCCCUAUUUUCAUUGAAAACUGUUCAGAAGGCUGCCGUUUCCCAGAGUCCGAAACGACUCCCUUCUAUUUCGACGUGACGUCAGACGCAGAGCCGGGUCACAUCAUUGUCCAAACUCAUGUAGAGCCGGCCGACGCCGAGAUUUUCAUUGCAAGUGUGCGAUCGGACACCUUGCCGCAGGUAAUUCUCACAUAAAUAUGUUGGAAAACGCGCUUCAAUUUUUUAUAUUUGCUUUUAAAUAUUUAUUUUUACUUGGAAAAUUAGUAAAUGUGCGCAAAAAUCAGUCUCGACACUUCUUUUAGAUUUUAACGAGUUAGUGAAAAGAUGAAUUCGUGGUUUUGGAUAUCUAUUCAACAUUGAAAAGAACAGUAAUAUUCGAAAAAAAUAUAAACAGUUUUGUGGCCUUUUCAUCGUUCCUUUUUUCCAGGUAAACUUCACUGACCGACUGAUUCUGGAGAAGAGCCUGAGCGAUGGCGAAUUCGUCGUCCGCGUCGUCUCCUCGCUGUCGCUGCCGGCCUUCCCGUCGGCCGUCAAGGACUCCUCGCUUUUCGUCACGGUGGUCUGCAACGGAUUCGCCUAUCCGUUGCUGACCAUCCACGUCGAAGCCGUCAAUUCCAUGCCGCCACAGUUCUACCAUGAGCCCUACGUCGUUCCUGUGGCUAAGGUGAGAGCGGUCAGAGGCGUCUGAAGAAAUCAGAAUGUAAAAUAUGUCUUUUUUUAGCAAAUAUCUUUGACAAGAAAAAAUGUUAUUUCAUUGAAAAAAAUGAUCAGCUAAUCAAACAAAAAUAGAUGUAGCUUGAAACAUUUACUUUAUGAAUUGAGUUUAUACUUAUUCAAUUUAAGAGCCUUCCAAUUGGAACGAUCUUGGAAACGCCAGUCGCAGUCGUCGAUUGGGACGCUGCCAGAUUUUAUGGCGUCUCCUUCAGAAUCGAAGUUUGUUUUAUUAUUCUAUCACUGAUUAUAUUAAAUUUUCAAGGACAAUACUCAUACUUUCGAGCUCUUUGAUGAGGUGAAAAAAUCGAGAAAGCUGAUCGAAGGCUCAGAAGACUGGAGCGAAGAGCAACUGCCAACGGUUUUGAGGGUUCGGAGCCUGAAAAACCUGACUCAACUGCCGAUUUCAGUUAGAGUUUAUGCCACGGUGAGUCGAUGAAACAUCGUGAAAUUUUAAAAAUUCGGUAUAAAUUGUGCGUAAUGCGGAUUUUAUUACCAUCUCAUUAUCAUGUAUAAUCUAUAGAAAUUCUGAAAUUCAACGCGGAUCUAUGAUCUUAUCCUAAGUUUUUCAUAAAGUGCAAGCUUUCUUGAAGGACAACGGAGAUAGUCCGAGAAGCGCUUCGUCCGUCGUCACUUUUUUCGAGAACUUUGAACAAGAAGCAGCGACGUCAUCAUCUGCCACAACAUCCACGAAGUCGUCAACUACAACUGCAGGACCGAAGGCGACACUGAAGACGACUUUGAAAGCAAAAACGACUCCCAAAACGACGUCUGCAACGACGACUACUUCAGCUACAACUGAGAAACCGAUUGUGAAGACGCCUCCAACGCCAAAACCAGUGAAGAAGGUGGAGCCAAAGGUGUUCGGUACCAAAAAUCAGGUGGGGUUCUUUUUGAGUAAAAAAAAAACUGUAUGCACUUUAAUUUCAGCCUUCUAUUCCGAUUGAUCUACACAACGACAUACAAUCCAACUUUGAUCUUCCGGAGCCUGAAGUCAAACCUGAAGAAAUCGCAAAAAAGCCGCAAUACGAAGGGCCGGCACGAUUCGCCCAUUGUUCAUUAAGAGCAUCGAUCGUGGAAAACAGCGCCGUCGGAACCAAAGUCGCAGAAUUGGAAGUUCUGAAUCGUCAGAAAGUAAUUUUAAUCCAAAAAAAUCCAUGCUAAAAUAAUUUUCAGGACACUCGAAUCACCUUGGUUGAUCCAGAUGGAACUUUUGCUAUUGAUAAUGCUACUGGCAAUAUUAUUGUGGCUGACUCGAGAAUCGUCGAUCGGGAACUUUUCAGUACUCUGGAAGUUGUCGCAAAAAUUGAGGUGCUCAUUAGUAAUUUAUUGACCGUUGGUGUGGAAGAAAAAGUUUCAAAAACGGACAGCUUUUUCAAGUUCAACAAUAAAGCGUUCCAGGGAGCCACCGAAAUGACCCCUUGUGCGAGGACGCGUGUUCAUGUCGAUAUUACGGACAUUAAUGACAACCGGCCGGUUUUUGAGAAGGAAAGGUGAGAAAUUGAGAAUAAAAAGACCUUGUUCGAUUCAUGUCAAUAUCGGUAAAAUAAGAUAGAUCCAUUUAUGAAGUCCAUAACUCUGAAACGACUACGAGAACACGAAGGUUUCUUCUAAGGAUGAGCCGUAGCUCGAAAAAUGCUAAAGCCUAUUCCGCGCCAGCUUGUCACGUUUUUCUUUUCGUCAAAAAGACCGUAUCCCGAAUCAGAUCAAAUUUCCGCUUUUAUAACGACAAGAAACAAAGGUCUUGAAGCAAAGUUGGUUGACCUGGCCUUUUGGCGGAAAGAAAAACGUGACAAGCUGGCGCGGAAUGGCCUAUACAAACAUAUUUUUAAAAACAGAAAAAAGUUACACUUUGCGCGUCACUCAUGAUACAUUGAGUGCAUAGCGUGCACUACGUCCAAAGCAGUAGACCCCACGUAAAAGAAAGUUUUUUUUCUUUUUAAAAAAAAUUUUUCAAAUAAAAAAACAUUGUGUAUAUACUUUUUUUCAAUAGUUUCUAUUAGUCUAUUUAAUAACCUGAAGAAACCAUUAUGGCUAGUAAAUUUUUUUGUACGUUUUUUCUAUCUAGAUGUGAGUUUAUUUAAAAAAAUACUUUCAAAAUCGGCUCACCUUUUAUUUAUCCUUGAUUUCGAUAGUGAUAAUUGAGCUUUAAGGUACUGGUUCCACCUUUCGGACGAAUUCCCGGUCGGUAAGGAGGUGGGAAGACUGUUGGCGCAAGAUAUUGAUCAGGUAGAUAAAGACCGUUUACAAAAUCAAAAUGAAGGAAUUUUCAGGGCAACAACGGCCAGAUAAGUUAUCACCUGGCUGGUCCAGACGACGCACCUUUCCAAGUUGGAACUCAAGGGAAGAAUGCGGUGCUUCUGAGCACUGGAAAAUUGACCUUGGAAGUUUACAACUUGACAAUCGAAGCCAGAGACCAUGGCGAGCCGAUGAAGACGUCGAAAGUUCCUGUGGACGUUUUUGUCUUGGGAAUGAACAACAAGAAGAAGAUCCCGAAGAAGCCGGUUGUUCAGGGUGUUCAGGUACGAAGAAACUUGUGAGUCGGAAUUGGAGGUGUGAAAGACAUUUUUUAUGAGUUGAGGAAUUUCGCAAGUACUUGAGGGUACAAAAGAGACAUUUAGACUUAUACAAUUAGUUCAAAGAGCAAAUUUGAAAUUUUUUUUUAAUUCAAGAUAUUUUUGCCAAAAAAAAGUGUAUUUUUAGGCUGUUGCUAUUGAUCACCCAGUGGAAUUGAAUUUCGACGAGUCAACCACCAGAAGUACCACGACGACGCGAACGACGCCACCAGCUCCAGAAGAGGUGGAAAUUCUGCACCCGACCCUCACGAACAUUGACUUGUUCUUGUCGCAAAAUGAGGUGGAUGAGUCUAAGGAAGAAGUCAAGGUGAGUUUUUGAAUCAUGAUUUGAUAUGUUCUGAAAUUGAAACUGUAAACAAUUGAAUGCUUUUCUUGGUUUUGUUGAAAAAGAAAAAUUAUUUUAGACUGAAGAUGGCUUCAUGUUCAAACAGCGUCAUUAUCACUACGAAGUUUUCGGAGAAGAAGUAUCUGAAGAUGACGUCAUCGGUCGAGUCUCAGCCAAUCCUGGCGCGCAGUUCUAUGCCGUCGAUCGGAAUGUGUGUGGUUUGAUCUCUUUUUCCCAGAGGUUUUCAGAAUUUCAUCAGAUUAAAUUUUGAAGGAAGAUUCUAGCUCAAAUACUUUCUUGAUUUACUAACGUUUUCAAAGUUUUAGAGUAUUUAUGAUGUGGUGUUAUUUUUUCUGGAAAUAAACUUCCUUCUGGAAAAAUCAAGGCUUUUCAGGUCGCUGGAUUGAUAAAAGUGACAGAUUCGGGCGAUAUUCUGGCCGGAAAAGGACUGAAUGGAAUGCAGCCGGCGAAUAUUACGUUUGGAGUUUCUUCGACAAAUGGAGAUCAUACGGUAUGUUUCAAUAAAAGAAAUGUCAGAUCUAAAAAAAUUUUUCAGGAAAGUUUGAAUUUUUUUCUAAUCAUUGUAAUAUUUUACAAAUUGUUUGUGUCAAAGGUACUUUUUUGGAGCUGAAAAUUCAAAAAUAAAUGAAAGAACAAUCAAAAAAAUUGAAUCUUUAAUCUACUAGUGAUUAUUUACGUUAAUAAGUUUUUUUGUAAAGCCAACUUUUUUUCAAUCCAUGAGAGAAAUAUUUUCUGAAAAGUCCGAGUCCAUAGGAGAAAUAGGCUUACGAGAGUACUUCCUGUAGCAUUUAAGAGGUAGCCAACAUUCAGAUUUUAUUCGAAUCGGAAGGCUUUAUGAGUCUCACGACUAAUGGGGAAAAUUUUAGUUGACGGCCCGCACAACUUUAUCUUUUUUUCAUAAGUUUACGGUAAUAUUCAGCAGAUUUUGAGAAUUUUUCUCACCUAAUAAAAUUACCGACCAAGAAAAGCAACGGUAAAAAACAUGAGUAACGAACCGUGCACCUUGCAAUUAAUUAGGCAGCGAAGCAUGGCUUUUCACCUUUCCGGUUCUCAACCCCAAUUUGACCUCAACAAUCGCCCUCCGCUUGGCUUUGUGCCCGAAACAAUGGCUUUUUUUUGGCGCGAAUUCGAGAAUUUCGUGGAAAAUGGAUUAUUCCUAUCUGAAUUUUAAACUUAUGAUAUGCAAAUAAGUUUUUCCUUGUUCUCCGGUUUUUAGAAUUUAAUUCAUUCGAAUUGCCAUUUUAAGAACUGCGGUGAUAUUUUUUUAUUUUUUGGAAGUUGGAAACUUUUUUUUAUAACCGUUUGGCUUAGUUUGAAGUAUAUAAGGAAAGAAGGCGUCGGAGAGAAAAAUGCCAUGUUAGUUUCAAGAUAAAGGGUAUCAUUUCAUCACAAACAAAAUUUUUCAACAAUUUCUCAUUUUGCUCAAGCUCAGAAGGUCAGAAUGAGGUGUUAUACAAUUUUAUUUGAGAAAAAUCUUGUGCAUUUUCUUUUUUUUAAACAAUGAGUAAAAAAAGAAGAUCACGGAAAGAAAAAACAAAAAAAGGUGAAUUGUUUGGUUGCCUGACGACGGCUGACGACACACCUGCUCUUUUUCUUUCCCUCAAGACCAAAUGUACCAAUUUUGGCGAAGAUUCUUUUGCAAACCGCGCACGCAAUACUUCACUUUCUAAAAUAUUCAUUCGGGGAUGUUGCCUCUUCAGGAAUAUUCCCUCGAUUCUCUCACCUGAGCCCAUUAAUACCUGAUGCUCGCAUAACGUCUUGAAUGUCCGGAAAGUGGGCGGAGUCGACGCGAGCAGGUGCGCGCAAUUCAAAAGCACGCGUAGAAAAGCACCAGUAAGUGUUUCUGGAGCUUUUGGCUCUGAUGCCUCCUGCCCUGACCGCAGCUAUUAUCCCUGCCUAGUGCUACAUGCUAGUGUUUUUCGCCUUUUAUGUCAUUUUGUGCAAUGUGGGUUUCCGUACUGUUUUUUCAAAUUUUUUAUUAGAAAUGUCUGUUACUUUUUUUCAAGUAGAGAGCUUUUUUGGCCUUUAAAAUUACAAAAAAGUAUUUUUGUAGGUAUGGCCUUCUUUAAAGAAAAAUUGAAGUUCAAAUUCUCAAAAGAGAUGGAAAAUUAUGAAGUUCUCGAUAAGUCUUUCACAAAUUCUAUUUCAAAUUUUUUUAGAGAUUUUUUUGCGGGAAGCUUGUGAAAAAGUCAAAGAUUUUUAGUUUUGUUAUUAUAGAACAAAAAUUUGAAGCUAUAUCAGGUAUAAUCGGUGGGAGGCCGCCACAAUUUUUCCGUUCGUGCACAUUUUACUAAAGAAUGUUUUUAUUGCUAUUUCUAGGCCUAACUUCAGAGUUUGCAAAACAUUUUAUCAAUGCAAAGUUCACAAAUAAAUUAUUUACAAUGUUAAUGCCUUUUUGUUAACAAAAUGUUACGAUCGUCAUUUUUCUAGAAUUGUUCUACAGGUUAUAAAGGAAAAAUUAAAGAAGAUAGGUUCAUGACAAAGAUUGAGAGAGUCCAUUCUGAGUGGAUAGAGCCAAAUUUUGAGAAAAAUUUAAUUAUGAUUAGUUUUUCUCAUAACUUCUAUGGAUUUUGAAGGCUCGAACAGUUGUGACGGUUUGGCGUGACCCGACGGCCGACGUCACUGAGGCCGCACCAAAGUUUGACGAGACUUUGUACGAUUUCCACGUUCAAGAAAACCUGAGGCCUGGGGUUAUCGGAUUGGUCCAAGUGAGAGCAAAAUCUGUAAUUAUGAAUAAGUUCCUGAUUUCUCAGGCUUACCACUCAUCAAAGACCUCGAAAAUCGUCUACUCGAUUUCAAGCGAAGAAGAACUUCCAUUUGAAGUUGAAGAGCAAUCCGGAGAAGUCAGCGUAAGAAGAAAACUCGAUGCUGAACGGCAGGCGGAGUAUCGUUUCGAGGUUUGAUAUAAUGAAAAAAAAAUAGUGGGCUUCAAGUUUUCAAAAACCUUAAAAAUUUUUCCGAAGGAGUAAAAAAUAAAUUGAAGUUUUUUUGUAGGCUUUGAAAGUUUUUCACAAGAAGAGCCUAGAAAUGGCGGGAAGGUUGAAUUAUAAUCAUUAUAUGUAAGUGAAACGAGUAGUUACAGUCAUUCUUAUCAUCUCCUUCGAACUCGAAUUUCCAAGUAGUCUCUUUAGAUUUUUCUCUAUUAGUUUCAGGUCCGCGCCUGUAUAUCCAAGACCAACUGUGGAACGUCGAAAGUUGUCGUCAACGUGGAUGACUUCAACGACAAUUCGCCAAUUUUCUCCAAAAAGUCCUACCAAGCCUCGGUGACGAGUGACUUGCCUGUUGGAGGAGUGGUGCGAUUUGAAUCAUAGAAAAGGAAUGAAAAAAGUAAUUUUUAGAUAGGAACAGUAGAAGCCGACGAUAUCGACAGCGGGGCCAAUGGCAAUGUCAGCUACGUCAUCAGUCCGCCUAACUGUUUGUUUUUCUCGUUUCUUAUCCGUUUUGAGGAAUGUUAAUUAAUGAAGAAUAUUAAGGUGAGGUGGAGAAAAAAAAGGUGGAGAAAAAAAAAUCAGUUUUUAAGGGUCUUUUUCUACUAUCAUUAUCAGUCAUUUUGUACUAAUCGCUAAAUGUUUUCGAUUUUUCUCAUGGUUUUCCUUUUCUUAAAAUGUGUUGUUUCGAUGCCUGAUUUCCCUUAUUUGCAGCUCUUUUCACCAUCGAUCACCUGACUGGUGUGAUCAGAACGACGGAACCGCUCACCCAGAACUUCUACAGUAUCCUCAUCGAAGCUUUCGACCACGGGCUGCCCAGGAAAAGCGACAUGGCUGAGAUGAAGAUUACCGUUCAAGGAACAAACCCAUCCACGCCGGUUUUCGAUCAGGUAGAUAGUAGGCAAAUUACAGCUUCAGUAAGUCUAAUUCUAGUCAUUUUGAGAGUUGAAUAUUUUGGCUUUUCCUAUGAUUGAAUCUUGAAGACGAAUUCUCUUUUUUCACUAAGAAACACUAUUUCAGAGCAGCUACAAGUACAUCUUGCCGGCUCCACUCCGAGCCGGACAAGUCGUUGCUGAACUCCACGCCAGCGAUCCAGAUCCUGGACCGGAAGGUCAAGUUUUCUACCGAUUUGCGGCCACUCGUGACAUGUUCACCUUGGAUGAUCAGGCGCGCUUCCAGAUCAACGAAAAGGUGAAUAACUUCCUCGAAGUUUUGUAAAAGAUAUUUCUCUUCUAGACGGGCGUUAUUUCGACCCUCCAGACGCUUCUGGCGACGGAUGGCCCAUUCGACUUCGUAGUUGAAGCGACGGACAACGGAAGCUCGCAGAAAAGACGAAGCAACGCCAAAUUGCAUCUGGAGAUUGUUGAAUCCUCGCCGGUGAAGUUCUUGCCCCUGCCGACGACUGUCUACAUCUCCACGGAGAAGGUCGUUCUUCUGAGAAGGCCAUAAAGAAGGAUUUGCGAGUUUUCAGGCGGUUGGUAGCGUCGUCCUCAGGGCGUCUGCCUCGGCCGUUGAUGAGUCUGAUAUUCGUUUCCGUGUCCUUCAGGAUCAUUCGCAGUUUGUCAUGGACGGCGAUCUAUUGAGGGUAAGUUGCGCUCUAUUAAAAUCAUUCAUAUUGCUGUAUGAAACGAUUUUUGAUCUAAAGAUAUCGGUGAUAUUAUUAUUAUUAUUAUGAAAAAAACAUCAGUCAAAAAAAUUUCUGUUAAAAAGCUCAAUUUUGAAAAAGCUAUAUUAAAUUUGGAGCUUUUCAGAAAACUAAAUUUUUAUAUAUGAUAAUCCAGAGCAGAGAAUUCACAGAAAAGGAAAAAUUCCUGACGAUAAUUCACAUUUCAAGUAGUUAAUUUUAUAGACCCAAACCAACUGCACAUUAUUGAUAACAAUUGUACGCUUCAUUCAAUUUUUUUUAUAUUGAGUUCAGCGUUUUUUACGAGUUUCUUUGCGUGAAAUACUUUUUGGAAAAGGCUAAUGUGAACAAAGUACCCAUUGAGGAUGCUAAACAGAAAAUGUUGGUCAUUUGAUGUUAUCGUGACUUUUCUUGCAUCAAGGCUCGGAAUCUGAUUUUCUCACAUCUUGAGCCAUGCGACCAUGUUUCUGAACCCUUUCCAGGUCUCCAAUCACCUCGUCGAAGGCGAAUCCAAACUAACGAUCCGCGCCGAAGCCGACGACGCCUUCGUCGACCAUCAACUCAAAGUCAUCGUCAUGUCUGACCGCGACAAGUACCCCGUCUUCCCACAGUUGACCUACGACAUUGACGUCAGUCCCUCCUGAAGACGUCGUCUGGAUUCUUAAUCUUUCCAGGUCCCAUCGGAAGGCCGUUUCCCUCGAACUAUUCACCAAUUCGACGCCAAACUGUCAAAUGGAACUAUCCGCUAUGGGUUCUACCCGUCUUCUUCCAAUCCCCCGGCCAUUUUCCUCGAUGAGAAUACUGUUGGUUAUAAGAUACGUUAGAGAGUAACAGUACCUUGUUGAAGGGAGAAUUGAUGGCUGGCUCAAACUACGCCAACUACACGGAGAACCGAGGGACGACCUUUGUCGUGAUCCGAGCUGUCAAUGUUGAUUAUCCGAAGUUCUAUUCGGAUGUCGGGGUAGAAAUACUGAGUUUUAGUUUGGGAGAAUAAUAGAUUUGCUCAGGUGGCUUUGACAUCGUCUUCUUCGAGCCAGGGACUCCGAUUCCAGCACAACAUUUAUCGGUUCGAAGUCUAUGAAAACACUCCAGUCGGAUCAAUCAUUGGGCAGCCGCUGACGGUAAAACUUCAUUAUUGUUUCUGCAGAAUGUGAAAAAGACUGAUAGGUACGAAAAAGUGAUUUGUUAAAGAAAACACAUAUUAGGCUUUUUUCAUGGCUUGUCAUGCUUCAACUUUCUUGAAAGUCUGUAAAUUAGAAAAAUGAACAGAGAUGAAGGGAAAAAUAUCGUUGAAAAAAAAGUUCACCGUGAACUGUCCUUUUUUAAUUUUUGUCUCAUUUUUCUCGUUUCUUUAUCUUUUUUUUCAAACUUUUGUGUAAGUCCAUUUUUUGUCCCCACUUUCAUGAAGUCAAUCGCCUUAAUCAUGAAGAAAUUUUGAGGCUCAGGAUUGAGAGAAAAUAAUAUUCAAUCAAUUUUUUCGAUUCAGAUCUUGUCAGCCUCAUCCGCUGUCGAUUUUUCUAUCCUGCCGGAAAACCAAAUUGGAGUUCAUACAAAUGGAAGUUUAUUCGUGAAAGAGCAGAUUGACGUGGAGAGAAUGGAGGACACGGCGACUUUGACUAUGAAUUUCGUGGUGAGAAAAGUUACCUGAGUCUAAAAAAGUUUGUUUUAUCUCAGGUCACCGCCAGAGCCGGACAAGAAAGCGCCAAAACGAGGAUUCAAAUAACUGUCCGAGACGUCAACGAGUUCCAACCUGAAUUUGUGGAGCACGAAAGUCGAAUGAACGUCGUGGAGAACGCCCAGCCAGGAACGGUCAUCGGAAAAGUGACGGCGAAGGAUCGGGACGUCUCCGAAGGAGAUCGGCUUCUCUACAAGAUUGUAGGAGGUAAAAAAUCUUUUUCUUUGGUAAGGAAAUCUGCAGAUUGGAGAGAAGUUAGUGAAAUGCCAAAAUGAAAAGAAACUAAGUUUUUUCAACAGUUACAUUUUCAUUUCGCCAAUUUUCAGGAAAGAAAAGCUGCCUUUUUAUGCUUUAAAAAAUAAAAAUAACUAUAGUAAAUAUGGAUUUUGAAAAAAAAAAUUGAAGAUUGCAAAAUAGAAAAAAAAAUCUCCAGGAUCUGGACGUCGUUUGGUAUUCAUCCAAGGCGACGGAACAAUAAUUGUUGGCGAUGACGUCAUUGAUUCUGAAUCGGCGACGGAGUUUGAUCUUAUCGUCGAGGCUUCCGAUCGAAAUGGAAAUCAUGUAUUUCUCAGAGGAUACUGAGAUUUUAAGGGUGAAUACUUUCCCAGGAUCGAGCACAUGUAGUCGUCGAGGUUGAAGACGUCAACGACAAUCCGCCGACGUUCUUGGAGGAUCAGAUGGUGUGGAAUGUGACGGAAGGUUGGAAAAGAGGAAAAGAAAAAUGAAAGAGCGAGGGAAUUUUUCAGGGACUACUGAGGGGUUUCGAAUCGGCGCAGAUGAUUUGGACAAGGGACUUAAUGGCGAAGUCAAAUUCAAGAUUAUUGGUGGAAACGACGACGGACUUUUCGAAAUCCAUCAGUUGGACGGCCAUACGGUGAGAGAUUAGCGUUUUCUCAUUACUUAUUUCAUCGAAGUUACGAGUAAAUUAACAAGAAAUAAGCGAUUUUUCAAAGGAUUAUUUCCGAUGAUCAUUUGGGAAUUUUCUUCAGGCGACCAUCCGAAUCGCGAGCGAGCUCGACAGCCAAAAACACACAAACUUCCUGCUGACCGUCGAAGCGAGAGAUGGAGGCUCACCAUCUUUGACUUCGACGGCGAAAGUCGUCGUCCACGUCACGCCUCACAAUUCUCAUGCUCCCGUCUUCAGAAAGUCAAGCUAUAGAAAGAAGGUGAAGAAGUUGAUAUCGAACUGAUAAAUUACGAUGAUUGAGAGUAGAAAAGAGGUCAUAAAUUAAGAGUUAGUUAUCUUUAUUGUUCAGAUAAAAUAGUUUCUGAUCCAGAUUCUGAGCCCUUUUUUCAUUCUCACAGUUUCCUUAAGUUUUCGAACUUUUUCACUUUGGUCCAGUCGAAUUACAUAGACGCAACUUACACGUGUUAGGACUUUUUGGAAGUCAGAAAGUUUCAGUCAUUGAUACGGAUAAUGACGUCACGAUUUCAGAUCUCAAUCGAUAUUCCAAUCGGUCAGCCAAUCCUCACGGCUGAAGCACGCGACGCAGAUGGAGAUACCCUGAAAUAUGAACUUCAAGGUGCUUAAUUAAAGCUUCAAAGACGAAAAUAACUCCGCUAGAUGUGAAAAUUAUUAUCAUUUUAUAUGAUAAGAUUUUUAAAUAUUAGAGAAUCGAUUUCAAAGAAAAUUGGAAAAAUCAAAUGACAUUCCUCGGUCCAUAUGUAUGUGAAUUGACGUUUCGUAAAUAAAUUUCUUAGUCUAAUUUUUCUAAUUUUUUUCUAGAAAAAUCAAACUGUGUCCUUUUCAGAAUUGCAGAUGAAGACAUGGAAAUCAUGUAUUUUUUUCAGCGGAAACUUCAACGUGAACUCGUUGGGGUUCACACUGAUCUGUGAAUAAAGUAUUAUUAUUAAGACUAUAAUUGCCCUCUAAAAAUAGAUUCUCUCUGAAAAUAAUUUGUUUUCUAGGCGACGGCUGUCAAUCGCUUUUCAACAUCGACGACCACGGCGUCGUGUCGUUCAGAGUUGGCGUUGACCGACGAGAGGAAGGAGGCGUCGUUUGUCUGAUUGUUGCUGGAGACGGAUCUCAUUCCACUCAUGUCAAUAUGCAGCUGCAGAUCUUCAGAGAGCAGCAGGAGACUGUGUAAGUUUUAGAGCAAGAAGUAGAAGAAUGAGUUGGAUCAUUCAGUAAAGUUGUAUAUAUUCUUGAUCAGAACCCUCCUUUUCUCACCUAAGAGUCACUGAAAAAAUAUACUAACAUACAAUCUAGAGAGCGCAAACAGGCUAGACUGCUUCGAUUCAUGAAAAAUGAAAAAUAGUUUGAAUCAAAUUUAAUGAGGGAUACACAACCUGAAUCGAUUUCCAGAGCUCCGAAAAUCAAUUUGGAGCCAGUCUUUGCCAAAAGUAACUUUGUCGUCACAAUCACUUCUGACACCGAAGAGAAGUUCCUGACGAAGAUGAAGGCGAUCGAUCCGGAAAACGACCCGAUCGAUUAUUCCAUCGAACCGGCCAAGUUCAGAAACCUCUUCGAUAUUGAUAACGAGGUAUUGUCCUUUCUAGAUCUCCUGAAACUGUCGAAGUUUUCCAGGGGCGAUUGUCGUUGAACGUGGCAGCCGACGAGCUGGAGGAAGACUCCUACAGCUUUCAAGUCAUCGCCGAAGACCGCGGAGUUCCUCUAAAGUCCUCCUCGGCCAACGUGAAAGUGGUUGUGAUGAAGAGCGACGGAAUGGCCACCGCCUCGACGAUGACUCUCGUCGAGGGUCCUGUCACGAAGGUUACGGUAGCCGAUGACUGGACGACCCCCACGACGAGACCCACGACGACCACUUUGAAUCGUAAUCCGAGAAUGAUGCUUCAAAAUACAAUAGAAAUCAUUAAGAUGGUCGUUUCUUGCAAACUUCUUAUAAUUGGAGCGCUUCGGAGGAAACUCUCGUUGGUACCGUUUUGGGACAGGUUGAGACGAAUUUCCUCGCCGAUGUAAGUCUGGAAAUGAAGAAAUGAAAGGAAUUAACGGUUUCAGGUCGACUAUUCCUUCAUUUCGACUCAGGAUUUGGUAGUCAACGAGAGUGGUGACGUCAUCGUCGCCAAACCCUUGGAAAAGCCCAUCGAUGACAUCAUCAUUGCGACUCAAGAUGUGGGAUUUUUGACUUCAUAAGUCUAUCCAAUGAAGAUUCAUCAAGCAAAAUAAUGUUAUAAAAGCUCUUUCGUUCAAAAAUAUUAUUUCGGUUUACUAGACUAAUUGUUUUUAUCACUUUGAUUGAAGUCAUGAAAAACUAAUCAAAGUAGUUGUUGAAUUAAUAAUAACGUUAGUACUUUAAAGCUGGAUAUUUAAAGAUUGAUGAUUUCUGAGCUCACAACUGAAUUUUCUGAGUUUUUUGGAUUCAAAAACUUUAGUACUUUAUAAAUCACUUGCUACUGAGGUUAUAAUAUUGAUCACCUGAAGGAUUUUAUAUAUAUCUCGCGUUUUCUUCUUCCUGUUAAUCGUACUGAUUUCAGGGAGAAGUAGUGGCUGAGACUCGCGUACGAGUUCAGGUUCUCCCCCGAAGUACAACUUCAGCUUCAACUCCAGCCCCAACGCCAGCUUCAACUCCACCAUCUACGUCAGCUCCAACAACAACAAAGACAACGUCGCCGUCACCGUCACCGACUACAAAACCAAGCACUACGGCGACCAGAGUUUUCCCCACGCCGACGUCUUCUGCCAGAAUAGUCCCUGUUCCCAUGGAGACCACAUCGACGCCUUCAGAACUUUCCGAACCUUCUUCUUCUUCUUCUGCUUCUCCGUUCAAGUUCUCUCAACCCAUCUAUUUCGCCUUCACAACAGAGGGAAACUACACCCAAGGAGUCGAGGUUCAGCUCAAGCCGGAGCCGUUGGCCACUAACUUCGAAGGGAAGGUCGUGUAUUCCAUCGAAGAUUCUGCUGUAAAGAUGCCGUUUUUCUUGAGAGGUUACACGGUGAAAAACAGCCCAAUGGAAACUUUAAAUUUUUAAGAUGACGGAAAGUUGUUCCUUUUCGAAGUGGACCGCGAGCAACACUCUUCGUUCACUUUCACGAUUGUGGUGAAUAUUUUAACUCAUCAAAAACAAUUUUUUUGUAAAAAAAAUCUUUUUUUAAACCAUUUCUUCUUAGGCCAGAACUUCUGGAAUUUCUCCCGAACGAGUCGCGCGAGCUCGGGUCAAUGUCACUGUUUUAGACUUGAACGAUAAUUAUCCGGUUUUCGAACAACAUCCAAAUGUUGUCGGCAUUCCAAGGGUAAGUAAUCAAAAAUAACCGAAAUGAUGUUCAAUCUUUUCAACAGUAGAACUCCUUUUCAAAAUGAAAGGCACUAAUUGCCAUAAAUCUCUUGGAGUGAAGAGCAAUUUUCCUGCUUUUUUGAUCGCGCAGAACCUUUUGCGCCCUACUCAUUUCAGCUGUAGAAAUUUGAAAGGGACCACGGCAAAAUAAGACCAGCAAAAAUCAUUGGCCGAAUGCUCUGUGGGAAAACUUAAAAAUAUCGAUUUUUCUUUGAAGUUCAGCAUGCAAUAGAGCAAUGCCACAGACUUUAAUGAAAAUAAUUUUAAAAGUUCUAGUAUUUUUUUCUGAACCUUUUAUUUCAACAGAUAGGGGUAUCAAAAGUAAUCAGAUGUCAGAGAUAUUUGAGAGAUAUUCUAACCAAAUGCUGUUGGAUAUACAGUAAAAAUUUCGGCCCUGUUAAAAAAAAAGAAAAAAAAAUCGUAUACUCGAUCUCUCCAUCUUAACUCUUGGCGAGAAAAAUGUUGUCACCCGAAGGUAUCAAUCAAAGUUUCGAUUGAGAAUUUCCCAAAUAUUUUUGAUUAUUCAGUCUUUGCACGUCGGAACACCUGUCUACCAACUCAAGGCAAGCGACGUCGAUGCCGAAAAUGCGAUUUCCUACGAAAUCAGCCCUGCCAAUUUCUUCAACAUCGAUCCAAGGGGUCUCAAUUUCUCGCCAAUUUUCAGAAAUUUUUUUCAUAGACCCGAACUUUUUGAUUAUUUUGGAACGGUAAAAAGCAUUAGAAGCAUAAAAAGUUCUAAUUAAAAUGAAAGGAAAAAUAACAAUGAACGUGAAAAAAAUGAGACUUUCUCAUUGUAUUUGAAAUAUUUUUUUGAAUCUAAAUUUUUUUCUAUCGUUUUCUAUGUUCCAGAAGGCUUGAUCCGUGUGGCCAGCAGUCUUCAGAAUGCCCCAGAUAUGGUCGACGUCGUCGUCGUCGCCAGGGAUUCUGGACAUCCGCCCCUGUCUUCUGAAACCAGGGUCAGGACUUGCGAAAUCUCAUCUCAUGAUCAAGUUUGUCGUUUUUCAGUUAUCGAUCAGCGUUUUUGAUGACGUCAUGGGUGCACCGAGACUGCCUAAAGAGCUAUCGGAGAUCGUCGUGUCGAACUCGGCAAGGCCCGGAGAGAAGGUGAGAUGACGUCAUAGUUAGGGGGUUAUGUCGUAGCUCAAAGCAAUACUGUUGAAGGGGAAAAUAAGAAAAUUCUGUCAAGAGUUUUUCAAAUAUGCAGGAUUUUAAUUUCAAGUCAAAAAUACUUAAAACGCAUAAAUAAAAUAAAAAUUCAGUGUAAUGAUGGUGUAAAAUAUGAAUCCAUUGACUCGAAAUUAUUGGAAAAUCAAGCCUUUGAUUAUUUUUUUUAACUGAUUGCUAACAGUUCAAAGUUCCAUACUCUUUAUUGGCAUCUCCUCUCGUCAAAACAGAAAUCGCAUGAAAAUACAAAAAUUCCAAAAUUUUUCGAAACAAUAAAACCUUAAAAUCAAUCGGUUAAUCCAAAAUUCAUUUCGCUUUUCUGUUGAAUUAAUUUCUUUAGUUGUAGCGUCUAGUUUUUGAAGUCUAAUCUGUAGUUUAUAGCUUUUUUGCAGCUUGUAGUUAAGCCGUAUAAAAACUUCUGCUUGUGGCCUUUUUUUUUGUAGUUUGUAGUUUUUUGGAUAACAACUUCCAUUGACACAGUGUAGAUUUUAGCUUUUAGUCCAGUUUUUCUCUUCUUCUUCUUUAUGUAGUCUAUGCUGUAGCUUUUGAUGUGAUGUAGCCUGUUUUCUAUAGUUUGUAAUUGUUUUUUGUGCGUCUUCCCAAAAUCCAUUUGAACAUCUUACAUUUUAUUUUCAGAUUUCCCAACUUCUUGCCGGCCCAACCGCUUCGGAACACGAUAAUAUUACCUACAAGUUAGCUAGAAAAAGUCAAGAGAAAAUGUUCAAAUGAGGAAAUUCAGAAUUUCUGAAGAUUCGAAUGGAUUGUUCGCAAUUGGAAACAACGGAGUACUUUCACUUACAAGGAACCCUGACGAAACCGAGCUCAAUCGAUACCACAAAGUGAAUGUGACGGCGGAGAACAGCAAAGGAGCAGAUUGGACUGUUGUGAGUUUCAGGAUAAAAAAAAACUGAGAGGAUGUAUGCGUUUUGUAUCGAUAGGUGGGAAAAUAAAUGUUCUCUCUAUUUUUUGAAUACUUAUUUCAGAGUUUCUUUCUUUUUAGGUGAAUGUCUAUGUCGAAGGACACGUAGCGGCAACGACUCCACCGCCGACAGCCUUGAGGGCUUGUUAUUUCGAGCAGAAGACCUACAAAGCAACUGUCAAGGAGAAUCAGCCUGCGAGAACCGCUGUGACCAAGGUGAGGGCUGUUUUGGCUUGCGCAAAUGUGCGCUAUCGAGCAAAACCCUGAAAUUUCAACAUGAUAUUUCCAUCAAUCACAAAGAAAAAGAUAUAAAUAUUUUCAUUUGAAGUCGUCAGGGUUCUAGGUCCUCUCAAACUGCGAACGCGAAGGCCGUCGAUUCCGUUACGCUUUCCAUCAAGCUUCAGGUUCUUUUUUAAAAUUUCCAGGAUGUAAUUCUUCAUUUCCAGAAGACUUUGAGAUCGACCAACAGACUGGUGAGAUAUUUACAAUGCGGCCUUUGGACCGCGAGACGAAGAGUUUCCACUUUUUGUACGUGAAUGCGGUGGAGCAGCAACAGCCGAGAGUGGCCCGACAGUCAGAUGUUGCCGUUCAACGUGAGCAUUUUUAAAUUUCCGUGUUUUGUUGCAAGAUACGAAAAGAAAACGGAUGUUUGAAAGAGCUGAAAGUUUAUUUUUUUUUUCAAUUUCAGAAGCGACAGCGAAGCUUUCGCCAUGGCAAACCCUGGUAGUAGUGACGGUCCUGGACGAGAACGACAAUCUGCCUCAUUUUCUCCAUUCGCUGGACGACUCGAGUCUCGCCGCGACUGUCGACGCCAACGCCAAUCCUCUGACACAAGUCGCACGUCUUCAGGUCCGAAGAUCAAUCGCUAAUGAUGUCACGAGUUCAUCUUCAGGCUCGCGACCUUGAUUCUUUCCCGGAGCUUCAGUUUUCCUUGGCUGGAGAUGACACAAAAUAUUUCGAAAUCCAUCCAACCAGUGGCCUUCUGACGCUCAGUCGCAAAAUUGACGAGUACGAGGGCGACGUCUUCAGACUUGUUGCCAAAGUUUCCGACUCGAUCCACGUCACGGAAGUUCCGCUCAAUGUUCGUUUUUUGGAGUUUAAAAGUUCAGGAGUGAUAGGAAUCAGAGUCAUUUUUUAUUCAAAGAUUGAUAUGAGCCUCAAAAAGUUUGUUGCCCUCAGGAUUUUUAAACUCUCUCAAAUUUAGACCUAAUAGUAUUGACCCUUCUUUGAGCAAAAAAUAACGUGUAUCAUUCGGAUUUAUAAUGAAAAGUUUCUAGAUUUAUAAACUGUCGAUCGAUACCAAUGUCGUCCAACUCACCAAGGAGUCGCCGCAAGGCGAAAUCGAUGAACCGUCGUUGGAGCGAAAGCUCACCGACACGUUAGGAAUGGACACCAGGUUGAAGAAAAUCGAAUGAGAAUUGAAGAAAAUUCAUCUAUUUUCCAGAGUACUUGUCUCACAGCCUUACACGAAUAGCGACGGAAAAGCCGAUCCGAAAAAGUUUGUUGGCUCUUUGAAGGAAAAUCGAAUAACUGUUUAAAUUGAGGAGCCAUGUUUUCGUCUACGCUUUGGAUGAAAAGUCGAAACCGAUGGAUCGUGAAAGUCUGAAGAAGUUUGUAGUUUGAUCUGUCUUUGAAAAAAGUAUUAUCAUUUCAGAAGAAAAAAGUUCAAAGAUAGAUAAAGGGUUUUUUGAAGUAAAUAAGUUAAUCAAAAUUUUAUGGUCAAUGAAUCAUUGAUGAGGAUCCAGAAGGCCUUUCGAUCUGAAAAAGUUUAGUCUGGUGAAGUUACAAAAAGGUUAGUAGACCUCAAAGCAUUCUCAAGCUAAUUGAAAGUGAUUCAAAAGUCUUCAAAUUUAGAAGCUUGUUGAGAUAAAAAAAAAUCAGUUAUUCAAACAAAUAUUACACCUUAUCCGACUAUUUUCAGCCUCCUGAUCUCAAGAUCCUCACAACUCUCCUCGGCUCUCGGCAUCUCUUCCAUCUCGAUCAUUUCCACCAACCUGGCCUCUCUCUCUUCCCACAGUCUUGCUCUCGUCGUCGCGCUUCUCGUGGCCGUACUGCUGUGCCUCAUCGCCUGCUGUGUCUUCGCCUUGUUCUUCAGCAAGUUCGUGUCCUUCUUCUGCAUCUGGAGCACAAGAUGAUGUUCAGAAAACGAGAUCGACGUGGCAGCGGCAGCGACGGGAGUUACAUGAUCGACGUGGUCGGAGUUGGGCCAAGACCGUAUGAUGUGGAGAAUGUGUCCAGAACCACUGCACAGAACGUCCUUUCAGCUCGACCACUGCCUGAUCCCAAAGAGCAUAAGUGAGAUUUUUAAAGACAAAAAAUAUGUAUACUCCGAUUUCGCGACUUGUUAGCUGCUUUGCUAGCUGCUAGAAAUCUGAACAGACUACAGAGAAUCAUUCGUUCGACUAGUUUUUUUUAUAUAUUCUUUUCGGAAGGGAUUGUUACAGCGAAAUUUCCAUCAAAGCUCGCGUUGAAUCGACUGAAUAUAACGUUUCUUGUUUUGAAAAACUUUUUCCAGUGUGGAACUAGCCGUGUCUCCAGCCUUUCUCAGCCCCAACGACAGCCUAGAAAGGUCGGAAUCUACCAAGGAAUUCUCGAACAGCGUCCGCGAAAGGCCCAGUUUACUCCAAUCAGCUUUAGCUCGACAAAAAGUUCACAAUGUCGACGUCAUUUUGAACGUCGGCGACAAAACAUAA